AGGUCUUUUCUCCUCUUCUAUUGAAUCUCAGAGUUGGCCGUGACGCGCGGCCCAGGGGAAGACCACAUCGAUCUCAGCAGAAUGCCACGACCGUCGAGUGCUCUCACCCUCCUUCCACUCGUGCACGGGGAUCACUUUACGCACGGCGCUUUCUGAGAGAAACUUCACAACUUUUUGGGUUUUUCCUCCAGAGGCUCGGCGAGUGCGGUGGAAGCGGCGGAGACCUCCGGAUCACGCAAUGUUGGGAUGGAAGGCGCAGACUUUGACUCGCCGUCUCCGACCGGAGUAUGAAGCCCUACUUCACGGGAUCUCCGAGAGUGAAACCCUGCCGCCGCCGCGGGAUAUCGCUGCACGCUUUCGGGGAGCUACACUAACGUGGGAAUCGGUGACCACCGCGCAGUCCCCGCAACAUGGCCUCGGCUGCUAAUGCGCCCUCCGAGCAGGAAAACAGAGACCCCGAUCGGCCGAGAGUAACGCGGAGGAACAGGGGGGACUAUACCCGCGGCACACCGCUGGAUUUGGAGUAUUUGCAGCGGCCGAGCUACUGCGAUGCCGGCUUCGCUUUGCAGCAGAUAACAGAGGGGAAGGCGACCGGGAGGAAAGCCCCUCUAUGGCUGAGAGCGAAGUUCCAGAGACUCUUAUUUAGGCUGGGCUGCUACAUACAAAAGAACUGCGGAAAGUUCUUGGUGGUGGGCCUCAUGAUUUUCGGAGCUUUCGCCGUGGGCUUGAGGGCGGCUAAUUUGGAGACGGACGUGGAGAAACUCUGGGUGGAAGUCGGCGGACGUGUGAACCAGGAACUGAGGUACACGCGGCAGAAGAUCGGUGAAGAGUCCAUGUUUAACCCUCAGUUGAUGAUCCAGACGCCGCGGGAGGAGGGAGCCAGCGUCCUCACGGUGGAGGCGCUCCUGCAGCACCUGGAGUCAGCCCUGCGAGCCAGCAGAGUUCAUGUUUACCUUUACAGCAGACAAUGGAAAUUAGAAAAUUUAUGCUACAAAUCAGGAGAUCUUGUCACGGAAAUUCCUUUUAUGGAUCUGUUCAUAGAAAAGCUACAUCCCUGCCUCAUCAUCACCCCUCUGGACUGUUUCUGGGAGGGAGCCAAGCUCCACUCUGGAAUGCUCUAUCUCCAAGGUAAAGACCCUCUUCAGUGGACCAACUUGGACCCUAAAGACUUCCUUGAGGAACUGCGAGGGACCGAUAUCGCCGUGGAAGCCUUUGAGGACAUGUUGGAAAAGGCAGACGUUGGACACGGCUACAUGGAUAGACCCUGUCUGAACCCUGCUGACCCCGACUGCCCCCUCACCGCGCCCAACAAGAACUCAACUAAGCCGUUCGAUGUGGCGCGGGCCCUGAACGGCGGCUGCCAUGGUCUGUCCAGGAAGUACAUGCACUGGCAGGAGGAACUGAUCGUGGGAGGGACCACCAAGAACGGCAGUGGACCCCUGCUCAGUGCCCAGGCCUUGCAGACCAUGUUCCAGCUGAUGACUCCCAAGCAGAUGUUCGAGCACUUUCGCGGCUACGAUGAUGUUUCCCACAUCAACUGGAACGAGGAGAAGGCAGCAGCCAUAUUGGAAGCCUGGCAGCGGAGAUACUCUGAGGCGGUGCUGCAGAGUGUGGCAGCAAAUUCGUCUCAGAAGGUCUUGUCCUUCACCUCAACCACUCUGGAAGAUAUUCUCAAGUCCUUCUCUGACAUUAGUGUCAUCCGCGUGGCCAGUGGAUACCUGCUGAUGCUGGCCUAUGCGUGUCUGACCAUGCUGCGGUGGGACUGUGCCAAGUCUCAGGGCGCCGUGGGGCUGGCGGGCGUCCUGCUGGUGACACUGUCGGUGGCAGCGGGCCUCGGCCUCUGCUCUCUCCUCGGCAUCUCCUUCAAUGCUGCGACCACGCAGGUGCUGCCCUUCUUGGCUCUGGGAGUAGGAGUGGACGACGUCUUCCUCCUCGCUCACGCCUUCAGUGAGACCGGGCAGAACAAGAGGAUCCCGUUCGAGGACCGUACGGGGGAGUGUCUGAAGAGGACCGGGGCCAGCGUGGCCCUCACCUCCAUCAGUAACGUCACAGCAUUCUUCAUGGCAGCCCUCAUCCCCAUCCCGGCGCUCCGAGCCUUUUCUCUGCAGGCUGCAGUGGUUGUGGUGUUUAACUUUGCCAUGGUGCUGCUCAUCUUUCCCGCCAUCCUCAGCAUGGACCUCUACCGUCGAGAGGAGCGACGCUUCGACAUCUUCUGCUGCUUCUACAGCCCAGGGGCCAAUCGUGUGAUCCAGAUCGAGCCUCAGGCGUACCUGGAUGGGGCGGACGGGAGUCGCUACAGCCCUCCCCCGUCCUAUCGCACCCCACCUCCCACAUAUCGCACUCCUCCCCCGAGCUACAGUAGCCCUCCUCCCUCCUACAGCAGCCAUGGCUUUGCCCAGCAGACUGAAAUCACCAUGCAGUCCACAGUGCAGCUCAGGACAGAGUAUGACCCCCGAACUCAGGUCUUCUACACCACAGCCGAGCCCACUUCCCAGAUCUCCGUUCAGCCCAUCAAUACGGCUCAGACCCGGAGCAACCCAAGUGACUAUUACUGCAGCAACGCCAACGCCAACAGGAGCAGCGGCAGCAAUCUCAACAACAACAAUAGCGGGAGCCGGAGCAAUGGUGGGUCCAGAGGUCCCGCCACCUUUCCCCACCACCACCCCGCCCCUCCUCCUGCAGCCCCGACAGCUAGCUCGCUCCCUCAGUGCGAUGCGGCCCCGUCGGCGGGUCAGAGCCCGGAGAACAACAGCUCCACACGGAACCUGCUGUCCCAGUUUGGAGAAGCCUCGCUGGGCCUGCGCUGCCUGGAGCCUCGCUGCUCCCGCUGGACCCUGGCUUCUUUUGCUGAGAAGCACUAUGCCCCGUUUCUCCUGCAGCCCACCACCAAGGUGGUGGUGAUCGUGCUCUUUCUCUGCCUGCUGGUCGUCAGCUUGUACGGGACCACCCAGGUGAAGGACGGCCUGGAGCUGACGGACAUCGUGCCCAGGGAGACCAGCGAGUACGACUUCAUCGGCGCCCAGUUCAAGUUCUUCUCCUUCUACAACAUGUACGUGGUGACGCAGCGGGCCGAGUACGCCAAGAUCCAGCCGCUGAUGCACCAGCUCCACCGGAGGUUCCUCACCGUCCGCUACGUGCUGAAGGAGGACAACGGGCAGCUGCCGCGCAUGUGGCUUCACUACUUCAGGGACUGGCUGCAAGGUCUUCAGCAGGCGUUUGACAAGGACUGGGAGGCCGGCCGCAUCACCCUCAACAGCUACAAGAACGCCUCUGACGAUGGCGUCCUGGCGUACAAGCUCUUGGUGCAGACGGGACGCAGAGAGAAGCCCAUCAACUUCAACCUGUUGACUCGUCAUAGGCUUGUGGACGCAGAUGGGAUCAUCAACCCCGGGGCUUUCUACAUCUAUCUGACCGCCUGGGUCAGCAACGACCCCGUGGCGUACGCCGCCUCGCAGGCCAACAUCCGCCCACACCCUCCAGAGUGGCCCCACGACCGCACCGACUCCAUGCCCGAGACACGCCUCAGCAUCCCGGCUGCCGAGCCCAUCGAAUACGCACAGUUUCCCUUCUACCUCAACGGGCUCCGCGAGACGCCGCAGUUUGUGGAGGCCAUCAAGAGCGUGCGAGCCAUUUGCAGCAACUACAGCCGACAGGGCCUGCCCUCCUACCCCAAUGGCUACCCCUUCCUGUUCUGGGAACAGUACAUUAGUCUGCGCCACUGGCUCCUGCUGUCCAUCAGCGUCGUGCUUGCCUGCACCUUUCUGGUCUGCGCGCUCUUCCUGCUCAACCCGUGGACCGCCGGCAUCAUCGUGUUGGUGCUGUCCCUCAUGACCGUGGAGCUGUUUGGCUUCAUGGGGCUGAUGGGAAUCAAGCUGAGCGCCGUACCGGUGGUGAUCCUCAUCGCCUCCGUGGGCAUCGGAGUGGAGUUCACCGUCCAUGUGGCCCUGGCGUUCCUGACCGCCAUAGGGGAUCGUCACAGGCGGGCCGUGCUGGCAUUGGAGCACAUGUUUGCUCCGGUGCUCGACGGAGCCUUUUCUACCUUAUUAGGUGUCCUGAUGCUUGCAGGCUCCGAGUUCGACUUUAUCGUCAGGUAUUUCUUUGCCGUGUUGGCCAUUCUCACAGUUCUGGGAGUGCUGAAUGGUCUCGUACUUCUCCCAGUGUUACUGUCAUACUUCGGCCCCUAUCCAGAGGUCACACCUGUGGAUGGUCGUAGCCGGUUACCGACCCCGUCCCCAGAGGCCCCACCUCACGUGGUCCACUUCUCAGUCCGACCUCACAACACAACCACAGCCACCAUCUCCGGUGCAGCCUCAGACUCUUCCGACUCGGAGUACAGCUCCAACACCACGGUGUCCGGCAUCAGCCAGGAGGUGCAGAACUACAACCUGCCCUCGCGCAGAGGGGCAACCCGAGCGGAGGAGCAGCAGUACCACCUCCAGACCAGCAGAGGCAGAGCAGUCAGGCCAGAGGAGGACAGGAGAGCAGGAUCAGGGCACAGGCGCUCAGCCAGACAGCCCGACCCUGCAGCCUAUGUGACUUCGUCUGUCUCCUCUCAGGGUUGUGAUUCUGGGCCCCAGCCAGGAGCCACUCGGCGCAACAGCAGCAGGAACCCCAAGAGCCAGCUGCACUGGCAGGUCCCGCCCCCAGCCCGCCCGCGCAUGGACGCUUUUGAAACUCCUACUGAGGCUGGGGGCCAUUAUGGCUCAAACAGCCAUAGAGAACACUCAGCAGGCCACAGAGCCCGCUCUUCCCACAACCCACAACCUAACCACCACCUCCCACACCACCACCCCAACUCUACCCCAUAUUGCCAACCCAUCACUACGGUAACAGCGUCGGCCUCCGUCACCGUUGCCGUUCACCCGGCCCCCUUGUCCAACCAGGGCCCCUCCACUUCCUCUUACCCAGGGUACACUGCAACGGACAGUUACUGCCCCUCAGGGCCAGAGGCGCCAGAGGCUGCUUUCCAGGACCCACACGUGCCCCUGGACACCCAGACAGGGUCCAGGGGAGACACGGUGGAGGCCAUGGAGCUCCAAGAUCUGGAGUUUGAGGCAGCUGAGAGCAACCAGGGCAGACGGGCGAGCUGAGUUGUGGGGAACGGACGUACAACGGCCAAAGAUGGACUCCUCUCUAUUACUAAGCAGCUGACCUGGCCUGGCACAGCCCGGCUCACCAGCCCCAACCCCCCCGGCCUUAAAAAGCGAGAAGACUCGCCAGUGUUGCCGUCAUGGUCAUGGUGCUCAUUCUUACUGUAACCCAGUGGACUUCUGUCUUAGAUAUUAGAUUCUAUCAAUAUUUAAAAGAUGUAUACAUAUGUAAAUAUGAACAAAAAGUAGCUAUAAUUUUAGGAGCCGUACAACUCCUCAUGGUAACAGACUGGGGCUGCCAUUUUAUAUGGUGUGUGUGUGUGUGUGUGUGUGUGUGUGUGUGUGUGUGUGUGUGUGUGUGUGUGUGUGUGUGUGUGUGUGUGUGUGUGUGUGUGUGUGUGUGUGUGUGUGUGUGUGUGUGUGUGUGUGUGUGUGUGUGAGUGUGUGUGAGUUUGUGUGUGCGUGACUUAGUGAGUGAGUGAGAGAAAGAAAGAGAGAGAGAGAGAUCGAUUUCUGAUUACUGUUCACUCAUCUGUGGAUCUGUGCCAUUAGGAAGCUUCAUCCAGACAAAUGUACCUGCCAGCACGCAACGUUGCUGCUCAAAAUAUUUUUUUAAAUGAUAUACAUUUAUAACUCUAUGCAAAUGUCUUUUUAAACAAAACAAGUGAUCUUUCUACUUAAAUGUGUGUGUGUGUGUGUGUGUGUGUGUGUGUUUGCGUAUACAUGUGUUUUUGUAUUUGUGUGAAUGUGUGUGUUCGUAUACGUGUUUGUGUUUGUGUGUGUGUGUGAGUGUGUAGUGUUCUAUGAUGUGAAACAGCCCCAUUAUUUUCUGCCUUCUACAUCAGAUUCAUCCUCAGAACAGUCUAACAGUUAAACUCAUUUAAAACAUGAGGGAAAUUGUUAGUCAUCAAACAGGGCCAUGGUAUAUAUAUAUAUAUAUAUAUAUAUAUGUAUAUUUGUGUGUGUGUUUGUGUGUCUUUUGUGUGUUCAUUAUUGUAUAAAGGUACGCAUCUUAAACUAUUAAUUUUUUUAUCACAAACUUGUGGUAGUUAUGAAACAAUUACUGUUUAACUUGACACGCUAUGCGUGCUAUUUAAGAUGAGCAGAUAUGAAGAAUUUUGUUUUGUUUUGUUUUUUGGUUAUGGCCUCUGCAUUGGAACCUGUUUCUGCUCUCAGCUUUGUAUCAGUGUUCGGCUGCUCUCUGGUUUAAUUUUUUACUGUAAAGGUUGUUUUGUUUAACCCUAGCAGGCUCAAUACAGGUUCUGUCAUUUAAACUGACACACAAAUAUCAAACCCACCUCAGAAACUCGCGGUGCCAUUACAGGGACAUUCACGUUACUGAUUUUCUUCUGGAACAGGGUCAACAACAGGGGGCGCUAACUCUGCUCCCUUAGUGACUGUGUCUAACGGAUAAGCUAAAGUUCAAACUGUAUACUGUACGACCACGUUCAACUUCGCACUCGAUUACGUUCAAGCAUCAUUCUCACCAAUAUCUCACCUCAAGUUACUUUUUGUUUCUGUUCAACCAAUAAGCUAGCCCCUGCAGCCUGCUCAGGGCUAAGCCCUAUAUGGCCUGACAGUGUAUCUAAUGUGUGUCUUAGUUUAUAUGUGUGUAAACAUUCAUGUUUGUGUGUAUGAGUUUAUCCUCUUAAUCUGUCCCAGUUCUCCUUUAGUGACAGUAAAGAUAACUGGCCCCAAUUUGGCCUCAGCGUCCUCUCUGACCUCAGCUCAUAAAAAUCCACAACAUAACGCCGUGACACUAAUUGGGACCCCUCACCCCUUCCUCCAAAUGCCAAAUGGCACAGCCCAUAGCCUCAGGGGGGAGAGUUUACACCACCAGCACCUCGCUUCACUUGCAAUGGCCAGUUUCUAUCUGUAUGUGCGUCUAUGUCAGCAUGCAAAUGUGUGACCCCCCCCCCCCCCCCCGACCCCCUGUUUCCAGACUUGUAGGUCCCUCAAUCACUGCCUCAGUUUGCCUCUCACUUCCUGUUGAACACAUGUAGCUCUUCCCUGAAGUCUUAGCAGUUUUACACUCUCUGUCCACCGUGUUACGUCAGCUGCUUGCAUGAAAUAGGUUGUUCUGUAUUUUGUUUUUUUGUUUUUUGUUUUCUCCCGAUGUCACAUUGGCAGUAGCGGAGAGAAUCAUCGCUGGCAACUAUUUUAUUCAUUUUUUAAUGUUCUUGUUUUCAACGUUGAAUUGCGAUAUUUAUAUUUUUGUAAUAUAAAACAUGUUUUUGUUCUUUUCUUUCGUCAAUGUUGUGAUGCCAGUGGAUAAAAAAUGCAGGGAUUUUUAUGUCUAUUGAAAAAAAAACACUAUUACAGUUUAUUCUGUAUAAAGUGAUCUGUAUAAAGUGCUUACUAAUGUUAAAUAGGAAAAAAAGAGUAUAUAACAUUUUACACUACAGGUCUCAUCAUAGCUCUUAGAGGAUUUUAAAAGGAAAAAAAAAUCAGUGGUUCUUCCAGACUACCAUUUUGGUCUUGGUUGGCGUGGAUGUAUGCUGUUUUCAGUUACAAAGAUAAAUGUAUGCCAUAUAAUUUAUUUAUAUGAAAAUUUAUUUUUGUAGUGUACAUAGUAGUUGUCAAGGUAUUUGACAGAAGUAUAUUUUUAAAGAGUUUAUAUGUAAUGAUAUACCAUAACAGAAAAGGUGCACACUUUCAUUGCUAACUGUCUUUUGAGACAACAUCAACACCUCCCCCUUCAGUAUUAUGUUCCAGUCCUUGGAGAGAGACAGCUGUUUCUAUGGGUUCGUCAAAGGCUAGCCAUGAAAGUAGAAAAUUGUACUAGCUCUCUAAAUAUUAAUGUUCAAACACUGAUAGAAUUCUAACAAAUAAAAAUAUUAUAACUUAUUUGUCUCUUUGUUCAUAACUUUAAUAAAUGGAAACUUAAAAAGA